CUUUUAAUUGUAUUGAUCAUAAAACUGAGUGUAUAAUUAGAGUUAACUUGGUAUUCGAUGCAGAACUACAGCAUCAUAUUAUCGCAAGCACACACAUGACUAAGUUAGAUAAGGAGGACUAGUUAAACCGAUAACUAACCGCACCUCCUGACGCGUGUUAAUCUCUGAGAGGAAGUUCAUAUAUAACCAGAGACAGUCUGUCAAACGCGAAUGUUAAAGAUGGGCUGGACGUGUUUUUCUGUGCUCUUGAUAUGGAUUUCAUGUGUUUGUUCAAUAAAAUUGCAUUAUGAUGCUCGAGUGACGGUGAAAAAUGAAGGUAUAACCAGGUUUUCUUUUGAAAACCACCAGAGUGGUUUGGUUAAGCUGGUCAGCACCUCUGCUAGCAAAGUCAUCUGGGUGGGAGGAGACGAGGCCCUCUAUUCCAUCAAACCAGCACAAGACUCCAAACCCAAACUGGUGGAUGUGAACCUUUGUAAGAAUGAAAGCAAAGAUUCAGACAAUUCAGAGUGUGCGUAUAGGCUCUCUCUGCUCAGUCCGGGCGCUGAUGGAAAUAUCCUGCUUUGUGGAACGGUUAAUGGAGAUACAAAGUGCUGUUACAUGAACUCCAGUUAUUCCCUGAAUGACUGCUUCGGAUUAGAAAAUUAUGAGCCAAAUAUUAAUGAGCCGUCAUUACUCGUUGGUGAUAUGCUGUACUUCACUAAGUCUGAGACGGGAUUGUACAGGAUAAGCAAGGACAAAAAUAACAACAUUUGGUCUCAGGCGCCUCAAAUGGAGCAAAAGUAUUUGAAACUGAUCGCUGGUAAAGGUGAACAUGAGGGCAAAAUUUAUUCCUUCUUCGCAGAGAAGCACAAAAGUGAAGAAAAGUGGAUUCCACGAGUCUCUCAGAGCUGCAUGAGUGACAAAGGCGGUCGUAAGGGUCAUCUUCAGAACAGCUGGACGUCCAUGAUUUACGCCCGUCUGUUCUGCGGGAGAGGAUAUGAGUUCAGUCAGCUGAUAGAUGUGGCCACACUCGAAACGGACGACGACAUCAAAGUUUAUGCGCUUUUCAGAAACUACUGGAACAUGAGUGCUGUGUGCGUCUAUAGCAUGACAAAAAUCAGCACUAUCUUCAAUUCCUCUCCAUUCAACUCCAUCAGUGUUUCUGCGAACAAUCGGCCUGGAACGUGUGUCGCUGACAGUACUACUCUAAGUGAGGAAGUGCUGGCGAUUAUGAAGGAUCGUCCCGAGAUGAAGGAUUUGGUGAUGCCAGAGAACGACCCCCUGCUGUUCAGACACCGUCAUUACACUCACAUCCAGGUGGACCGACAACAAAACAACACUGUCCUGCUUCUGUCUCUAGAAAGUGGAGGGGUUCAUAAAGUCCUGGAAAAUCAAGCUUUUGUCAUUGCGGAGUAUCUGCCGUUUCCACAUGGGACACACAUCACCAGCAUGCUGCUGGACGAUUCUGAGAAGCGUCUGUUUGUGAGUUCCAGUAAUGAGGUCGUUCAGAUUGACCUGAAGGCAUGUCAUUUGUACGGAGAUGAGUGUACCGAAUGCUUGUUAUCGCGAGACCCCUACUGCGGUUGGAACGGUUUGCACUGCACCUUCACACCAAACGGUCAAGUACAGGACCCCCACGUUUGCAGUCCAGCUUUAGCCGCACCAUCAAAGACUGAAAAUAGUGCUGAGACAUCAGUGGUUCAUGUCCCACCGUCCUCUAGACACUUCCUGCUCUGCCCGAUGACAUCACAUCACGCCACGUACCACUGGUUCCACGGUAACACGCGCGAGGAGUGCGUUGAUUCGGAUCAGGGCUGUUUGUAUCUCAUUGAAAGCAUGAACAAGACUCAUGAAGGGUCGUACAGCUGUGUGUCUUUAGAGAACGUCCAUCAGAAGACCUAUAAAAGGACCGUCGCUGAAUAUCAGCUCAGCAUGAGCCGGUCAGACGCUCACAGCGUCACUCCAAUAGUGUUACCAAGCUUGUUACUUCUGCUCACAGCGCCUUACUUCCUGUUAUAGACUUUUAAAAGUAUUAUCAGACCGACAAAUCACUUAUUUUUAUAGUGCUUUACACAAUAGAGACUGUGAUGAACAGGAAUACACUGUUCAGUGAUGUAAACAGUUCAGUUCUAGAAAGACAAUAGCAUCAUUGUUCACAAACUA